AUGGGAGGAAGCCAUUGUCGCCGCACCAGAUCUAGCCUGAAGGAAGCCACCAUCGUCGACAUCGCUCACAAUCAGGAAGAGAAAAAGCAUCAGAAGUGUACCCUCACCGUUCCUAGAUCCGCGAGGAGCUGCGGCGGUGAUGACGAAGAGCCUGGGCCUGCUUGGCCAUUUCCGUGCGGCACCGCCGAUGGAGGGCAGCGGGAGGCGGGGUUCUGGAUGACGAGGUGCUCGCGGUGGCCGGAGUAG